GCAAUUAGAAUUCCAUUUCACAAAAACUUUUUCCCUUAACUGAAUUUUGUGUUGAAUUUGAGAUUUGAGCAGUCUGCUAGUUUCUACUGUUUCUGUGUAUCCCUUAGUAGAUAAGAAGAUAGUGGGUGAGUUCCAUCACUACAAGUAGAGGUUCGAAAUGGUCGUCGUGGUCGAAAAUUCAACACUUUGUGAGCAUCGAAGUGUUGUGAACUCAUUUUUUAACCAAGAAACGAAUUUUUCAUCAGCUGUUUUUAGUGCAUUUGAAUAAAAAAGUUUUUAUAGAAAUGAAGUACUUUGAGGUGAUGUUUGGAAUUUAUUUUGAUCGUCCUGAAAAAGUCUUCCUGUUCUUGUUUACCACUUUCAGACCCGAUCUGGCGCAGAUGGCUGCAAAAAUAGAUUCACUGAAAAAAUGGACCGUUUCGACUUACAAAACAACGAAACAGUCUAUAUGUGAAAAUUUAGGAAAGGUAGAACGCACAGUUGACAAGGAAUUAGAAGAACAAAUCGAACAACUAAGAAUAUUACACAAGUAUUACAACCAGGUGUUAGCAAUGUCAAAAUUGUUCACUUCCAACUUUCAUCGAAUGAACGAAGCGCAGAAAGGCUUAGCGGAAUCUCUUUACCAACUCUCACUGAAAGAAAUGAGUUUGAACGCAGAGUGCUCUUCCAACUGUGAUUCAUUGCGUUCGAUGGCACAUAACGGUGAACUUCUAGAACGAGCUUUGUCGUUUUUUCUUUCAUCAAUUAAGACAUUGUCCGAGAAGACAUUUGAAGACACAAUGGAGACAAUUCAUAAUUAUGACCUGGCUCGUUUGGAGUAUGACGUGCAUCGCAAUGAAAAAGCAGCGCUACAGCAAUCAGGUGCGAGUUGUGAAGCAAUUGCAAGCGUUGAUUUUCGAUGUAAUAAGCAUCGUGGAAAAUACGAACAAUUAAAAGCUGACGUAAAGGUAAAACUGAGACUAUUGGAAGAAAACCGGUGGAAAGUAAUACGUAAGCAGUUAUUGCUUCUUCAUAAUGCCUUGAUAGCCUAUUCUUCAGGCAAUGCGAAGGCUUUGCAGUCAGCAAUGGAAAAUUUAAAUUUAGGCGAGGCGGCAAGUGACGGUGUUGCUUCAACAUUUUUGGAACAGUGAAACAAAUGUCUGUUGUAGACAAACAGUUUAUUCUGGAAAUACCCGAAUUCAAAUUCAGCUCGUUAGCCUGCUUCGUAGUUUAGGCACGAUAUCAAAUCUUUUUUUCUGCAUUUAUAUGUGGGUGUCUUUGUUAAAUCUCAUCCAAUUAAUUACAAUCAUACGAUUACGCAAUUAUACAAUUAAUUAAUUAUAAAUAGGCGUUGGAGGUUUGAAAACAGUUUGAAUUACCUGUCAUUCCUGCAAAUGAGUAGUAAAACGAACCAUAGUAGUGAGGAAUAAUUUGGCUGAAACAGCAUAACAGGAUAAAAUAUUAUCAUCGAAUUGUUUCUAAAAAUUUUUAUCAUGACCGCUUAUCUAUCUUUACCAUUAACAGUGUAAUUUAUUUUUACUGUAUUCGUGUUUUUCUGCACCUCUUUGUAUGUAGCAAACAGUGCAAACAGUUGACAAAUUAAAGACAAUUUAGCUGCUUUUCACUGGAUUUAUAAGCUGGAAAAAAAAGUGCUUUAGCAAUCACCAAGCUUCAGUUUUGGGUACCUAUAUGACGACUGCAAUUUACUUACCAUCAAUGGAAUAAAUUAUGGUUUGAAUCUGGUUAUUCUUGUCUGAACUUUGCAAGAUGUCGCUGUUCGCAAUACUGAUUAGCUAUUCCGAUCAUGAAUCCAUGUUAAAUUUCGAUCUUUAUCUCGACGAGCGAUCAUGCUAUGGAAGUAUUAGUAGUAGUAAUGCCUAUGCGUUCAUCUUAAUUAGAUAUUGCUUACUGUUCGUUUCGCAUGCUGUUUCGAUUAAUCUGUCUUCUUCAGUUCUUAGCUAUCGUUUCAAAAUUGUUUGUUCGAAGACUUUGGAAGGAACUUGGGAAAGCAGUGCUCCUAAAGCCAGUUUAAGAUGGAGGACAUACGUUUCGAUCUUGUAAAAAGAAAAUAUAACUAAGCUGGAAAGAAUGGAAAUAAUGCUUUCCGUAACGGUACCCUGUACUCAAUUUUGGUAUCGUGCUAAGCUGUUUUUCCGAAUUUUUGGAGAAAAACGGCUUAAACAGAGAACGCGUAUAGAAGUCCGUUGUGAAAUGCUUAUCGCUUCAUGAGUUUUUUUUUUCAAAUUAUGUCUCAAAUGAUAACUUCAGUAUUGUUAUUUACUCACAUCCAUUAUAAGCACUGCUUUAUAUAAAAUCAAAUUAAAAUGAAGGGGAACCA